GCGGUUUGUGUGCCAACAGCGCGGGCGGCGCAGAUCUGCAGACGCGGCCACUGCGGUGUCCACACGGUAGCGAGCGCCCGGCGAGGAGAGAAAGUGCUGCGUCUUUCGGUACCUCGCUUGCAAACAGCCGACCAGGAUCCUGUUCUAAGUUGACGCCAACAUCAUCUGAAUACAAAAUGACCACUGCUAGAAGGAAAGCUGUUUUUCUGCCAUACCAUUUGCUUGUGGCUGUGGUGUUGAUUGCUGUGCUGAUCUGUGAUGUCCAGCAUGCUGUAGCAGAUCCUGUUCCAGGGCCAUGCAUCAAGGAUGACCAUAUGUGUGUCAGAGAUGCUGAAUGCUGCAAUGGUUGCUGCCUGGAAGGAAAAUGUGUCAAAUACGCGGACCGGUGCUCGCCGGCGGCGAACGCGUGCUCGGUGCACGAGUGUCCGCCGGGCCGCGAGUGCUACCUGCACCAGGUGCAGUGCGCCACCGCAGACUGCCCACCCAUCCCGGCCUGCCGGGACCCCGACUACGACGACUACGACGAGUAGUCUCUCCACCGUGCUCUGCCGUGGAGCCACUCCACGGCGUCUGUCUCAGGGAACCCGCAGGACCUAACAGCCUCACUCACCCGCUUCACUUCUUCUGCUUAACGAGACACCUGCACGGUGGUUCAGUGUCUGGCACUCCAUCAGGAAUCAUUAAUAAUUUGCGCGCAAACACUCGCUAUAUAGACUUGUGUCAGAACUGAACUGCCCCAGAAAAUAUUUCGUACACCUUAAGAUAGGCAACCCAACCUACACCAUGUGCUCCAGGUAUGAAUGGCGUAAGCCGGGUUGCCUAUCUUAAGGGACAUGAAAUAUUUUCUAAGACUUUUAAUUUCUGCUCACCCUAUGUAAAACACCUUCAUGGGACUUGUUACCAUCUCUGAAGUUGUCUCCGCCGCAUUUUUCAGGUGUGAAGUUCGUCUGUCCAAAAGAGUGCCGAUCUCUUCUUAAUCAAAUACACACUAGUAAUAAAAGUGCGAUACUGACUUAGAGGGAUCAUAAAGGGCAUCUUGAGCAAAGCCAUGUCUGGAAAUCAUGCAACAGAGGUACAGAGCGUCUACAGGGAUUAACCCUCUGACAGAUGGAUGAGAUGAGAUUUUUCGCUCCCAAAUUCCAAGCAGAGUUGUGAUAGCCGUGGACGCCUUCGGCGCAAUCUAAGGUCUUCAGUGCUUUCAGAUGUUUGCUGUCGAAAGGACUAUUGGUAGCGUUUUUCCCCUGUAAUUUCGACUCUCUGUCGAUCGCUGGAUGACUAUUCCCGACAUCUCUUCCUAAACUCAUUUUUCCAAAGUUUUAAUGACUGUAACCGCAUUUGGACAUUGAAAUAAGCGGUAUCACUUAAAAGUUUGUGUCGGACCGCCACUCCACCCCGGAUCUCCCGCUUAACGUGAACAGUCGCCUUUACCUCCUCGGCUAUCUGAGCAUGCUUCCGAUUCAACCCAAAUUCCCAGCCUGUUACAGACUUUGCGUCGCAUACCCAUGAAUCACUUACUCGCAGUCCCUGUUUCCGAGAGAGCUCGGGCAUGGCGUGCAUCCGCACCGAAGACAGGAUCAUUGGUCGUCGACACCCGAUCUCUUACGGGAAUCUGGAACUGUAAGGGGUUAAUGGGUAGGAGCGUAACAGGUUUGGAACCUAGGCUGGAUGGGAAGUGUGCUCGGAUGGCCGAUGCGGUUGAGGCGGCCGCUCGCGUUGAGCGGGAGAUACGGGUUCGAGCCCCGGUCUGAAACAAACUUUCACCUAUUACCAUCGAUCCAUUUGCAAAUGCGGCUAACGUCAUUAAACCAUUACAGCAAUCUAUUGAAUGGCCACUGGAUCAAAUAAGAUGUCUGUUCUUCCACAACUCACUUUUGGUCCAAAACAGAGUUUCUACAAUCUUUGAAAGUUUGUCGGUAUCCUUUAAUUUCACUCUGCGUAUUUCUUGUAAAUUUACUUGUUUUAUCUACUGGAAAAUCAUACUUCAAUGUACUUAUUUCAAUAACAAGUGUGGUUUUUCAGACAUUCAAUGCUUUUCAGUACGAAUAUCUCACUCUGCAGAGGAACGUGCGGUAUUCUGAAAUGUUAUGGCAUAUUAAAACUGUGUGCCGGACCAAGUACCGAACAAGUCACCUUGUCCACCGCGGGAAUUGCUGUUGCCGACUGAGCUAUCCGGGUACAGCUCACGACUCGUUCUCACAGCUUCGUCGCGGCACUGGGAGAAUGAAAGUUAAAGCUGUGAGAACAACUUGUAAGUUGUACAUGUACUGCUCAGUGGGUAAGGAGUUCCAGAUUCGAGAAUCAGUACAGCACACAAUUUUAACCCAUCAGGACGUUUAUAUUCGUCCGGAGUUUUGAAUUAUCUAAGAGUUGAGUACAAUACUGCAGAAGGUGGGAUAGAAAUCGUAAACAAGUGUCCCGUUGAAACUAAUUCGACAAUAAAAAUAAGUCAUGACAGUAACUGCGAAUGAAGUAAGUUUUGUAGCUCGUAAAUAGUAUAUACGGUUUUUUA